AAAACAGUAGGUUUAGAUGGUCGUUAAUAACUAGCUAGGGCUCCCCGGGAUUGUUCACAACAGAGGAAGCCACACCAGCUCUGACCAAAUAAAGCCCCGUCGCGAUUUUUAGAUCCUGUUUUGAAACCAUACUAACGGAAACUAACGUUAACGCGUUCCUGUGCGAAGGGCUUCGUUUUUCUCCUGAUAAUAGCUAACGUUAUUGUUUGUACCGAGCUAGCUUUGUCCUUUGCAGUCACAGCUGUGGUGUGUUGCUGAUAUAUUUAUACAAAUCGUUGUGGAAUAUGGCUCAGCAUGGACAUCAUGUAGCCAGUUCCCAAAAAGCACUAAUGCUGGAGAUGAAAAGUCUCCAAGAUGAGCCAGUCGAAGGGUUCAAAAUAACUUUGGUGGACGAGUCGGACAUGUACAACUGGGAAGUAGCGAUAUUCGGACCCCCAAAUACACACUACGAGGGUGGUUAUUUUAAGGCUCGGAUCAAGUUCCCCGUCGACUACCCGUACUCUCCACCUGCUUUCCGAUUCCUCACCAAAAUGUGGCAUCCCAACAUUUAUGAGAACGGUGAUGUAUGCAUCUCUAUCCUGCACCCACCGGUGGACGACCCACAGAGCGGAGAGUUGCCUUCAGAGAGGUGGAACCCCACACAGAACGUCAGGACCAUCCUGCUCAGCGUGAUCUCUUUGCUGAACGAGCCCAACACUUUCUCCCCGGCCAACGUGGACGCAUCCGUCAUGUACCGCAAGUGGAGGGACAGCAAGGGCAAGGACCGAGAAUACAUCGAGAUCAUCAGGAAGCAGGUGGUGGCUACCAAAGCUGAAGCGGAGCGGGACGGCGUCAAGGUUCCCAUCACCUUGGACGAGUACUGUGUCCGCACCCAAGUGCCGCCCACAGACGACGGCUCCAACCUCUUGUACGAUGACUACUACGACGACGAGGAACUGGAGGAAGACGACGAGGACGACAACGAGGACUGUUGCUAUGACGACGAUGACUCAGGCACCGAGGACUCCUGACCAUGCCCUUCCCGCGAUGUCUCCCUCUCGUCCCUGACCGGUCCCCGGCCUCACCCCCUCGCCACACAGACACACACACACACACACACACACACCUCCCUUUCUUGUCAUGGACUGAACUUUGACUCCCUGCCCCCUCUUCCUCCUGAAUCAACCCCUCAUCCUCCUCACUUAGCACAGCCCCCGUCCACCUUCUGUCACAUGUGCAGUCACAAUAUGCACACUAAAACCUGAUGCAUCGAAGAGAAGAAAGCUACACAGUUGGUUUUGUUUCUUACAUGUUUCUCUUUUUUUUUCUUUUUUUUUUUUUUCUUUUCUUUUUUUCAUUUGUUGUCUGAGUAGAGGUUACACACGAUGCACACACACAUUAGCACAGCUUAGGGAUAGUAGUACUUCCUCGUCUGCUUCCGUUUGUCUGCACUGAUAACUAAUAGCUGGUUGAAAAGAUCUCCAAGAUCUGUUCCUUCCUUUGGCUUUGAGUGGAACAAAGUGUGUCUGAUGGCCAAGUUUCUUGUAGAAAAUUUGGCGGAGGAACGGUCGCGCCUUUUUCUGACAUCAUCAGCAGGGUGGAAUGUAACGUCACAGGUCAGAUCAGAGUAAAACAAGCAGGGAGCAUUUGCAAAGUAGGCUAAUUUCGUGUGUGUGUGUGUGUGUGUGUGUGUGUGUGUGUGUGUGUGUGUGUGUGUGUGUGUGUGUGUGUGUGUGUGUGUGUGUGUGUGUGUGUGUGUGUGUGUUGUGUGUGUGUGUGUGUGUGUGUGUGUGUGUGUGUGUGUGUGUGUGUGUGUGUGUGUGUGUGUUGAAAAGUCACUUCUGUCUGUGAGCCAUGUGUGUGACUUCUGGUUUAGCGGGCUGUUUGAAGCCCUGCCAUGCUUCACCUCUGACCUUUCUUGAGCCCCAAGGCUUGUGCUGCACCAAACAGGCAAGUUAUCCGUUUAAAAAAAAAAAAGAAGCUGUUCACACUCCCUUGUGCCUUCCCUCCACUCCCUGAUAUCACAGAUCUCAAUGACUUGACUGAAUGAGCCUGCCUCGGUCAAAGCAGCCAGACAUACAAAGGUGGCCGAGGGAGAUAUUCAAGCUCACAAGGUCUCAGGUGGGGAUGCUGUGCAAACGGCCCCCCCACCUGAAGGAAAAAAAACGUAUUCAUCGCAGCACCUGUCAGAUUUGUCCAUGGCGUGAGUGAGAAAGGUGUAAGAACCAACAGCUGAACUGGAAGACUGUAGAAUGUAGAUCAGAAUCCCACAAUCGUCCUCUUGACUGCCACGCGGCCUUCAACAUAUAAGCACGUGCUACUAGUGGCCUGGAUGCAUUAAGAAACAGCUAGCUGAGCCUGCUGCUGCUCCUAAAAAUCCAAUGUACUGUAUUUAAAAAAACAACCUAUGCAGUCAGCGCUUGAACCUACUUAAUAUGCAGUGCUUUAAACGUGGCAGUAAAGCUGAGCCUUUUCAACAGUCUGACCUGAACUCCAGCUCGACUUUUCCAACCUGUAAGGGCUUUGGACUGACUGCGUCCUUGGUUAGAGAUGGACCCGUGUAGUUGUAUCUGUCUUUUAUGUUUUUGUCGGUGGUUUGUUAUUCUAAUUUAGAGUAGCACAAGUCUCCAGAGCGAGCGUGAGAUUGUACAUCAGCCUUCACCAGAGCUCGCCCCCUAGUGGCGGCUCUGUGUACUGGCUUUGUUUUGGUCCCCCCUCCCUCUGAAAUGCUUGACUGGGCCGCAGCCAUCUUGACUCACCUUAAUCAAUGAACCCUGUUACCUCCGAUGAGAUCAGGUAGCAGUGUGAGUGAUUCAGAAGAAUGAAAAUGGCCUGAUGAACAUGCAGACUGACGGGGGGGGGAUUUGUUUUCAGUCUACGCUGUCAGACGGCCCAUUUCGUUUCUUCUCUCCUAACUGCAAGGAGUGCUCUGUUGCACACUUAAGGACCCAUCCAACAGUAUUUCCGAUGAAAUUCCCAACCAUGUUUCCGUUGUGUGUGCCGACCGUUUAUAAGAUGUUCUGAGAAGUGUGGAGAAGAAGCAGGAAUGGGGAUAGGGUUGAUCUUUGAGCAUGAACAGGAGAAUGUUGUUCUUCACUAGCAUGCUGUUAUGAUGUGUUUGUGGUUUUAGAUCUGCUAUAAGGGUCGGGGGGGGAGGGGGGCGUUGUGUCCUGAGACAAAGGUCUUCUACUCAAUUUUAUCUAAACUGUUGCAUUAUGAAUGGGCUGAGGGUUGUCUGGUUUUUUUUGUUGUUUUUUUUGGGCGGGCUUCUUUUACUGUUUUGAUGUAAUCUUUUAUUUCCAAAUUGUGGUGCGAGCUGCGAUGUUUUCUGUCUUCUAUGUAUUAAGUGCUGCGAAUAUUGACCUGAUUGUUAAAAACCCAGGAUUGUUCAUGGAAGGACACGACUAAAUGUACCAACUUAUUAUACACGAAUAUCAUAGCAGCAGAAAAUUUGUGCAGAACCAAAUUGACACAGCACACUACACAGUAAUUGUUCCAGCCUUCUAUCAAGCCCAGAAUGCUCAGAAAGGAGUUCUCAAUACUCAGUAAUUGACUGAUUUCCAUCACACAACCUAUGAAUGAUCCUUCUCCCCUCUGUUUUGAGGGUUUGGGGUGAAUGGAAUUUGAAUUUUUUUUUUUUUUUUUUUUUGUCAAACUACUGUUACUUUUAUCGUCUUUCCUCCCCACUCGUCCCCCAGUUCUCUGAGCUCUGAUUGGUGGCAGCAUCACUGAGGGUAAAACCCAGCAUAUAAUUACAGAAAACUACAAGAACCUCAGGAAAAAAACAACUACCAACUAACAAACAAAACAAAUCCUUUUCCAGCGGAGUGAAUCUGACCCCGGGGAGUCUCACUUUUUGGCUUCAAGGGACUGUUUACAAUCUCUACCUUGAUAUGCACAUGUGGAUAUUUGACGAUCACUUGAUGUUUGUUUUUUUCUUGUUUAUAUUUCCUUUUUUUCUUAUGGUUUGUAAAUCUAUUUAAAAUCUGAAAUAAAGAUCUUUAUUAGA